CGACAUCUUCGAUACCUUUGUGGGAGGAUGCCUGGUUGUGCUAGGUUGGGUAGAGAAGGCGUCGGUGGUACUGCCGUUGCCUUGAUUUCGGAUACGGGGAAUCCCGAGUUACGAUAUUGCACCUGGCUCUCGCACUUUUUCUUAUGCCCUCAAUCCGAAUACCUCUACGUCUUUUCUUUCACCUCGCAGCGAUCGCAAGUCGGGUGGUCUGGCGCGACAAAUGUGCGAAGACUCGGUUUCCCCCUUCGCGGCUGCAACGCCGCCGUAAAGUAUCUGGAACUUCAAUAAUCUGCUUUCCUGCGCCCGGAUACUCAGGUUUCUUGGCGAUUUGGGCGUUGUGCGGUGAUACCGUUGCGACCCUCUUUUCGCCUGUAGAGGAUGUAUUGUCGAAGUUGCUUUAUCGGUCAGGCGCAGCUAUGAAGGUUAAUAGCCCGAUUAGUCAGCCAGCUGCAGAAACCGGAAGGUGCCGCCCGCACCUCACCCAGGUGCAGUACCCAACUCCAUUGCUCAUGGCUAUUCCUUAUUACCUAUCCUCAUUCACUACGGGAAACGAAGCGGUGAUCUAGGUAUUCAUUCACAACUCCAUUCCUGGCUAUCAUGGUCUCCAGUUGCUAUCAUGGUCACUUCCAACGUUAGGAAAGCCAAGUAAAGAGCUCCUGCCUCAGCGAGGCGUC